AUGAUCAUAGAGAAUGUGGACGCACUGAAGACAUGGCUAGCGAAACUCCUGGAGCCAAUAUGUGAUGCGGAUCCUGCAGCUUUGGCAAACUAUGUAGUGGCUCUUGUAAAGAAGGACAAAACGGAGAAGGAACUCAAAGCCCUCUGUGCCGACCAGCUUGAAGUUUUCCUUCAAAAAGAGACUGUGGGAUUUGUUGAUAAGCUAUUUGAAUGCCUGACAACAAAAAACUACCUUGGAAAUCCACCAAAAGAAAUUCCUAAAGAAGAAGUGAAGCCACCUGCUGUGAGAACUGAGCCAGUGGAGAUCGAAGCAUCAGAGGAGGACAGGGAGAACAGGCGUCGAAGGAGUCCGCUGAGGAAUCGCUCUGACUUCAAUGACAGGAGGGUGGAGGAGAGGAGACGAGAUGACCGCAAACGGAGAGACUUCGAUCGUCAUGGGAAAAGUGGCAGCAGCAGCGACUCCCAUCGAGAGCGGGAGAGACACGAGCGUCGCCGCGGCAGCCCUCGGGGGCGGAGCUACAGCCGGAGUCGGAGCCGGAGCGGCAGCAGAGGGAAGAGUCGGGACCAAGAGCACCGCAGAGAUUUUAAGUCCAAGUUUGAUGCCGAGCGGAAGGACUCUGAAAACUUCACUCCAGCUCCAUCAGGGCCCCCUUCACAGCAGCACCCAGCCCUGCUGCCCACUCCGCCCCACCCAUACUCUACCUCGAGCGGGGUGUCGGGGCCUCCGGGGAUCCCUGUGAACACACCCGCUCACCUGCCUGACAGCACCACAGACAGCUGGUCCACUUUCUACAAUCAGAGGCAUGACCCUGGCAAACCCUUUGGCAACAAGAAUGUCCCACACAAGCAGCGCUGCAGAGACUAUGACGAAAAGGGCUUCUGCGUCCGGGGCGACCUGUGCCCCUUCGACCACGGUAACGACCCGCUGGUGGUGGAUGAUGUGAACCUCCCCAACAUGCUGCCCUUCCCCCCAGCGCCCGGCCUGCCCCCACCCCCUGGGAUUCCUCCGCCCCCCAUAACAGAGCCGCCUCCCCCGCUCCGGAUCAACCCCAUGCCCCCCUACGGCCAGCCACCUCCCCCAGGAGUCUUCCCAGGACCCCCACUGAUAAUCACCAGUGGGAUUGACACGCCCAACCACCAAUCGGCUCUCAAUUCCUCUCCUCCCAUUGGACCUCCUGGCGUUGGGCUGCCACCUCCUACUCUUCCUCCUCCUCCUCCCUCGUCCUCCUCAGUUUCUCUGCAUCCUCAGUUUGUCCAGUCUGAAUAUAACUAUGACGCAGAGGGCUAUAACCCAGAGGCUCCGGGCCUAACGGGGAUGGGUCGAAACGCCCCUUUUCGCCACUUCAUUCCUCGAGUUCAAUCACAGCGGUCCAAUCUCAUCGGGUUGACGUCCAAUGAGGGCCAGGGCAACAGAGCUGCAAACAUAGUGGUCCAUAUAGAGCCCUCCACCGGGAGCAACGCUUCAGUGUCUAACCGCUCCUGCUCCGAACAGGACAUCAGGAAGAGGAGCAUCGAGACUGGUUCAACAGAUGGUCCUCAGGUCAAGAAACCCUGGAUGGACAAACCCGGUUUCAAUAACCAACACAAAGGCCCCUUUCCAAAGAGGAACCAUUACGUCAACACUAAACUUGAGGUGCGAAGAGUCCCUCGAGAGCUCAACAACAUCACCAAACUCAACGAGCACUUCAGCAAGUUUGGCACCAUCGUCAACAUCCAGGUUGUCUUCAGCGGCGACCCGGAGGCGGCGCUCAUCCAGUACACCAAGAAUGAGGAGGCGCGGCGGGCCAUCUCCAGCACAGAGGCCGUCCUCAACAACCGCUUCAUCAGGGUCUACUGGCACCGAGAGCCCGGGGCCAGUGUCACCGGGGCCCCAGCACAGGAGCAGACUGCAGGGCUCCAAACCGUGGGACCACAUCCCAACCACGGAUCCCAGCACCCGAAUGUGCACAAGGGGAUUAAGCAGCACAACGCAGCCGCCUACGUUUUGAACAAGACUGUUCCAAAACCGCGGCCUCAGGCGACUCCCGGGACGUCCGGAGUGAUCCCAGCGGACGGCUCCAGCGCAGACACAGUUACUGCAGCAGCUGGCCUCUCAAACUCUCAGAAGUCGCUCUUCGCUGCGACGUCUCUCAAGUCCUCCAAGAGUCUGGGGAGAACGGGCAAAGCACUCAUCGCACAAGAAGCUCUCAAGCAGAAGCAGGAGGCAUUAAAACUUCAGCAGGAUAUGCGGAAGAAGAAGCAGGAAAUGCUGCAGGCACAAAUUGAGUGCCAAAAAGCCUUAAUAAACCGUCUGGAGAAAAACCGAGGGAUGAAGCCAGAAGAGAGGGCAAACAUCAUGAAGACGCUGAAGGAGCUGACUGAUAAAAUCUCCCAGCUGCAGAAUGACUUGAACCCCGCUGCUCAGGUCACGAGUGCCAAAGCCAACCACAACCAGCCCAAGAUAAAAAGCAAUGCCCAAAAGGAGCUGCUGGACGCUGAGCUCGACUUUCAUAAGAAGUUGAGCUCUGGAGAGGACACCACCGACCUCAAGAGGAAACUGGGACAACUGCAAGUGGAGGCGACACGGUUAGGCCUGAUCCGCUCUCCGUCUGGCCGGGGACGGGGCAGAGGGAAGAUGGCCGAUCACGGUGCGGGACACGUGGGACGAGGCCGAGGGCGCAGAGACAGUCUGAGCCGAGGGGGGAUCAUCAACCGCAUGGUGGUGGAUCACAGGCCCAGAGCUCUGGCCAUCCUCGGGGUCACACAGGAGGAGAAGGAGGAACUCAUGCCUCACUUUGUGAAAUUUGGGGAGAUUGAGGAUCUGCGAGACCACGAUGCCAGCAGUGUGGUAAUGACCUUCAAGACGAGGAGCGAAGCUGAAAAUGCGGCGAACCAAGGGGCCAAGUUCAAAGGGCGCGUGCUUCAGAUUUCCUGGUACAAACCCAAGACGCCGUCUGUCACCACGGAGCCCGAGGAGGAGGAGACCAAAGAGGAGGACAGCUCAAAGGAGAGCGGUUCGUAUCUGGCGGAGGAGGAGGAAGAGGAGGAGGAUGACGACGAAGAUGACGAAUACGAGAGCAGAUCUUGGAGGCGAUAG